GAACGGAUGGACGGCUUACAACAAACACACGUGCCGGCCACUGACGUUCAGUCAACCCUGAUGUCAUGCACCGUACUGAGGGUAUAAAACAGGCCAGCUGUGGUUGUGUGUAGAAUCAGGAUGUUUUGAGGUGUUCAGUGAAACAAGCAGCUUCAAUAGUAGAACAAAACUCGUACAGAAACUUUGAAGCAAGUGGAUUAACUCGGGCUUCUUGCUGAGAUGACCCUCAACACCCAGAGAGGCAACGGCCACGCCACGCUGCAGAGACGUGCCAGCUCUCCCGUGCCCUCGGCUCACCAACACGCCCAUCCUCGCGCCCACCCUGUCCGCAGCCUGACCACCGAGAGGGAGCUGGCAGCCCGCCCCGCCCAGCCGCGGAGACCCAAGCUCGGCUACUCUGUCUCGUGCCAGCCCGCAGAGGGGGAGUGCGGCGGCUGGUCGUCCGACUCGGCCGAAUCUGACGCCUCCAGCGACUCCGGCUCUGGGAUCUUCCGGGUGCUGCUCCUCGGCGACUCUGGAGUGGGCAAGUCCAGUCUGGCCAACAUCUUUGCUGGGAUCCAGGACACUCACGGCGAGCACACCGGAGAAGACACAUAUGAACGAACUCUAACAGUUGAUGGAGAGGACACAACGUUAAUAGUGAUGGAUACAUGGGGAACUGAGGGCGACGAGCCAUGGGUUCAGGAGUACUGUAUGCAAGUGGGCAAUGCCUACAUUAUUGUCUACUCCAUCACCGACCGUACCAGUUUCGAGAGCGCAUCUGAGCUCCGCAUUCAGCUGCGGAGGCUGAGGCAGGCAGAAAACAUCCCGAUCAUCCUGGUGGGAAACAAGAGUGACCUGGUUCGGUGCCGUGAUGUCUCAGUGGAAGAGGGCCGUGCGUGUGCCGUGGUCUUUGACUGCAAGUUCAUCGAGACCUCCGCCACCCUGCACCACAACGUGACCGAGCUCUUCGAAGGCAUCGUGCGGCAGAUCCGCCUUCGCAAGGACAGCAAGGAGGCCAACGAGCGGAGGAUGGCCAACCACAAGAGGAGGGAAAGCAUCACAAAAAAAGCCCGGCGGUUUCUGGACAAGUUUGUGGCAAAGAACAACAAAAAGAUGGCCUUAAAAGUCCGGUCGAAGUCUUGUCACGACCUGUCGGUAUUGUAA